ACAUGAACCUUGAUCUAUGUUCUGAAAUAGUUGUAUGGGCUGGGUCACAGGGAAAACGAAACUCAGAGCUAAUUUAAAGCUGGACACAGAGUCAGCGACACACAAGACAUCAUCUUGAAGGAAGGAUGGCUUUGGCUAGACCAAGACGAACACUGAGACCUGGAGACCUGAUUGAGAUUUCUCGCUUUGGCUAUGAGCACUGGGCCAUCUACGUGGGACAUGGCUUUGUGGUCCAUCUGGCUCCCCCCAGUGAAAUUGCUGGAGCUGGUGCGGCCAGUGUCCUGUCUGCCCUGACCAACAAAGCCAUAGUGAAGAAGGAACUGCUGUCUGCCGUGGCUGGGAGAGACAACUACAGGGUCAAUAACAAACACGAUGACAGAUACAGGCCACUGCCUUCCAACAAAAUCGUCAAGCAGGCAGAGGAGUUGGUGGGGCAGGAGUUGCCUUAUUCGCUGACCAGUGACAACUGCGAGCACUUCGUGAACCAGCUGCGCUAUGGGGUCUCCCGCAGUGACCAGGUCACUGAUGCCGUCACCACAGUAAGUGUGGCAGCAGGCGUGCUGGCUGCUGCAGGCCUUGUGGGGUUGCUGCUGGCCAGAAGCAAGCGGGAAAGGCAAUAAAUCCAAGAAAUUGUCCCAACAACAACCAAUUCUUAUGGGGGAAUAUUAUUUAGCCAGCAGGAGUGGAGUUUGGCUUACUGAUUUUACUGUUUUGUGUUCAUGAAUCUUUAUUUUAAUGGAGUUAAAAGCAUAGGAAAAUUUAUUUGGAAAUGCAGCUUAGUAUGAAUUCUAUUAAAGACAUAAUUGGGCUCUGCUA